AUCUCUUUUCUCUCUCUCUCUCUCUUUCUCUCUCGGAGCUCUGGUAAUGGCGGAAGCUUAAGAAACGAAUAUUACAGAAAUAUCCAUCUUCUUGUUUUGCCGUUCUCUCUCCACAAUGCGCUCCAAGGACAGAAUCUCUUACUUCUACGACGGGGAUGUGGGCAGCGUAUACUUUGGGCCUAACCAUCCGAUGAAACCCCACCGUUUAUGUAUGACCCACCAUCUCGUCCUCUCCUACGACCUCCACAAGAAGAUGGAAAUUUAUCGGCCACACAAGGCCUAUCCAGUAGAGCUUGCUCAAUUCCAUUCAGAGGACUAUGUUGCGUUUCUACAGCGGAUUACACCUGACACUCUGCACUUGUUCUCCAGUGACUUGGCAAGAUAUAAUCUUGGAGAAGACUGCCCUGUGUUUGAGAACUUGUUCGAAUUUUGUCAAAUUUAUGCGGGUGGAACAAUAGAUGCUGCACGCAGGUUGAACAACCAACUCUGCGACAUUGCUAUAAAUUGGGCUGGUGGUCUUCACCAUGCCAAGAAGUGCGAAGCAUCUGGGUUUUGUUAUAUAAAUGACUUGGUCUUGGGAAUCUUGGAGCUUUUAAAACAUCAUGCCCGUGUUUUAUAUAUUGAUAUAGACGUGCAUCAUGGUGAUGGAGUCGAAGAAGCAUUUUACUUCACUGACAGGGUGAUGACCGUUAGUUUUCACAAGUUUGGAGACAUGUUUUUCCCUGGAACUGGUGAUGUUAAGGAAAUAGGAGAAAGAGAAGGCAAGUUUUAUGCCAUUAAUGUUCCACUCAAGGAUGGAAUAGAUGACGCUAGCUUCACUCGUCUUUUUAAAACCAUUAUUUCCAAGGUUGUUGAAACAUAUCUACCAGGUGCCAUUGUUCUACAAUGUGGAGCAGAUUCCCUUGCUGGAGACCGCUUGGGCUGCUUCAAUCUCUCCAUAGAUGGUCAUGCUGAAUGUGUUAGGUUUGUGAAGAAAUUCAAUUUGCCAUUACUGGUUACUGGAGGUGGGGGGUACACAAAAGAGAAUGUUGCUCGAUGUUGGACACUAGAAACUGGAGUUCUACUAGAUACAGAGCUUCCAAAUGAAAUCCCUGACAACGAGUAUAUUAAAUAUUUUGCGCCAGAAUUUUCAUUGAAGAUUCCACAUGGGCACAUAGAGAACUUAAAUAGUAAAUCGUAUCUGGGCACUAUCAAAGUGCAGGUCUUGGAGAAUCUUCGUUACAUUCAACAUGCUCCUAGUGUGCAAAUGCAGGAGGUUCCUCCAGACUUUUAUAUCCCCGAUUUUGAUGAAGAUGAGCAAAACCCGGAUGAGCGUGUAGAUCAGCACGCUAGGGACAAGCAAAUCCAACGCGACGAUGAAUAUUAUGAUGGAGACAAUGAUAAUGAUCAGAACAUGGAUGAUUGAUACGUAAACUGUAAAAUUUACUUGUGUAUCCUUUAGGCUCUUCUUUCUAGUUUAGAAAUGCUAGAUUUAUUUGGAUUCCAAGAAUUUAAAGUAGUUCUGUGCUCAACUAGAAAAACCAAAACUCAAAAGGGCUUGCACAAAUACUUCAUUCGUAUUGCUCUUCUGAUUUUUUUGAUGGCCCAGUAAACUGAAUUGGUAGCCGUUGAUUUUGCAAGUUUUAUAGAAAUGCUUUCUGCUAGAAGCUUAGAAGCAAUGAAAGUACAGAUCAAUUUGUAAUACAAAGAUUAUCCUUUUGGCCUUUUUCAUAAUCAUCAUGUUCUUGC